AUGGCAUCUUCAGCAGCUGCGGCUCCAGCAUCGAACCUCGAAUCGCUGCCACCGCGGCCUCCGACGCCUCCCCGGGAAGCAGGCAAGGAAGGCGACCCGAUUGUCAAGACGAUCCUGAGCCGCGCCUCUUCGUCCGAUCCCCAGGACAGUCUCCAGACUCCUCCAACCGCCAACACGCCCACGUCGACCGAUGUGCCAGACUCCAAGUUGAUGUCAAGCCGGACAAGGAAGAGGGUUGUCUGGUCGGCGCAUACUGAGUACAAGGAUCCAAUCGACUAUCGCUCCAUUGAAAGGCUGCACAGGUCCUCUCCUGUCCCUUCGCCUGCCUCCAAGCCGAUCAAGGGCAUUCUCAAACCGUCUCCCUCCCCGAACCCGCUCGUUUCGUCCGGUGCCGAAUUUGACCUGGUCCUGGGCCAGCCAAACAUCAUCGAAAUGUUGGACUCGACAAUCAAGCAGCUGGCUGGUGCCGAUCGCGACUCGAAGCUCGAUGCGUACAUGACGCUCGCUAGGGCCUUGAAGGCUUCCAACAACCUCCCUGACCGAGUUGCUUUGCAAGACAAGAUGAGCCUGUUUAUGCACUUUAUCCAGCGUGACAUCACGUCGAAAAACGAUUCCGGAGCUCUCGAUUCUUCGCUGGUCAACCACGCCCUCACGCUGCUCGCCACCUUUCUUCACUUCCCUGCCAUUGCCUCGACCCUCACCUCCGACUUUGGAAUAUUCAUUGUCGACCACUCUAUUCGCGCUUUCGAAGACCCCAACUCUCCCAAAGACGUUGUGCGACAUCUGAUGCAGGUCAUUGCCUUUCAAAACUUCUCGCCCAAGGUUAUGACAUCGGAUCGAGUGGGACGAUUGGUUGCGGCGCUGCAUCAGAUUGAGAACCACCUCAAAGGCAAGAGCAUCGUCAUGAGCCGGAUACACAUAUAUAAGCGGCUUGUCAAACAGGCGCGCUUGCAUAUGGUUACUCAUUCGAACUGGCUCAAAGAUAUGCUCCUGGAUAUGCUGAGCACUAUCAAGGAUAUCCGAGCCCAGGCAAUCAGUCUUGCAACUGAGGCCGGAUUCGCUCUGCGGUCAGAGAAGCAGCUUAUGCGUAAAGCCAGCGAGAUUUUCCAGACAGCGGAUGACGAUCAAACCUACAUCCAAUAUUACAUCAAGAAGCUGCAGGACAUGCUCAAGGACAAAUCAAGCGCCUCAGCUGUACCGCAAAUAUGGAGUGCUAUCAUUCUUUACAUGCGGUGCCCGCUAGAAAGGUGGCAACACUACGGUCCUUGGCUAACGCUCGUCCAGUCUGCCUUCAACUCAGCAGAUGCCACUACAAAGCAGGAAGCAAACUUUGCCUGGAAUCGGUACAUCUACCUUACCUUGGCUGAUAGCAAAGCCAGCCCAAAGGUCCUAGGAACCCUCUGCCAGCCUCUCUUGAGCCAGCUACGAAGACGGGCAAACCCAAGACAGUUGGAAGAGGCCGUGAGACUCCAGAGAACAGUCAUUGGUGGGGUGUGUAACUUAUACUACUAUGCGUUCGCUCCAGGGAAUGAUAAGCUCUCCCUCGAUUCGACAUGGGACGUUGCCGUUGAGCCAGUUAUAUCCCAGCUUAUUGAUCUGGAUGGUAAGCCCGAGAUACCAGGAGACUGCCUCAUGCAAGCCGGUCGUAUCUUGACAAGUCUCUUGGACGUGAUCACCCCUCGCAUGUGGAGACAGGAUCGUAUCAUGGAGAUCCCCCCUGCAAACCCAGAUGAGCUGCCACCCUUGGAUUCGAAAUGGGUAAGGCGAAACUGCGACAAAGUCUUUGGAACGGCUGGCCCCAUUCUGGAAAGGAGAUUCCAUGACUUGGCCAACAAAGAAUCUUUAUUAUAUCGACUGUGGAAUGCUUUCGUCGGGGCUGUUGCGGCGGCAUCGGCGAAAGAUAUCAAAGUAUCAGAAGAUACAGUCAAGUUCUUUGCUCACACAUUUGGCCUCCUGUCCAAGAUCUGGAGGACCGGAAUACCUUCACCCUCGAACUUGCCCGUUUCAGCGUUUCUAGCAAGUAUCAGGAAUUUCAUCGACAUACUAGUCAAGGCGCUGGGGAUGCUUCCUUUCACCGAAAAGAAAUUGGCCAUGACAGUAGUCAACACCUACGAAUCGUUUGCAACACCCUCACAAAACCAGGGUCGAUCAAGCUUUCCGGGAAUCGUUCGGACCCCUCUACAUCACCUUUUCUCACUGCUGUCCUCUAUUCCCCCGGGUGUUGCUGAUGACGAAGCUCUGUCCGAAUUCUUCCUUUGCGUCUUCGAGCCGUUCUUCCAUGGCAAACCAACGAAAACCCGCCUGGAGCAAACACAGGAGCUCUUGCAACUACUCCCUCGAGACUCGCCAUCCCCCUCUGGGCCUUGGCUGCUAGCGGCACAGAACUUGUCUCUGUCCUUGGACAACGAGUCUACCAACAAUCUGACAGGCAGUGGCAAACUACUGGGACUAAAGUAUCGAGAUAUCGCUUCACUGCUUGAGCGCGGUCUCGUUGUACAUCCCCAGCUUCCGUCGGAACGAUGGCUAUCGCUGUUUGAGCGACUUUCCGAACACGUUGCUCAGCAAGUUGGCGAUGCUGGCCGUGCUCUCGUUGUUGCUGAGCCCCUGGCAAAGGCGCUGCUGGUCUGUCAUGAGAGAAGCGACAGCCAGAAGCCAUCUGCAACCACUCUCAAGGCAAUUCGAGUGCUUUUUGAUGUUGCCAAGCUCCCGCGUGAUCACACUGCUUUGAAUACUGCACGGCAACGGCUGUGGGGAACAUCCCUAACGGCUGCACGAGCAGGUUCACUGGAUCCAUUCGACAAUCUUUACAGACUCGGUAACCAAGUUUUGCAGACUUUCUACAACAGGAUGUCCGUUUUCGACGCCAACGCUGAGAUAGUACCUUUGAUGGAGAGCAUCGAAGGCUUUCUUGUCAGAUGUUUCUCUCAGCUAGGUGUCAAGGCCUUUACGAAUUUCCAAACCGGCCUAUGCUUAUGGAUCGAGGAUGAGAAAUCAUGUUAUGAGCAUGACGAGACAUCAUCACUCUCAAAGACUCUCAUUCAUCUAUGGGAUCGGAUAUCAGCCGAAGUUGCGGGCCGAGGGCGGCUAACAAGGGACGAGUUCAGUCAGAUGGAGCCACUCCUGACCUCUGCUUUCAAGAGCAAGCUCCCUGCCAUUGUCGACAGGACAAUAGACCUGUGGAAUGUCCUUGCUCAAGACGAAGAGAACUUGGCUUGCUCGGACAGUUUGAAGUCAAUCGCUUCCGACGCUGGGUCAAAGAAACAACAGCUGUUGGCCGAGGCUGAGAAGGCUGGCGGUGCAUUUGGUGCUCAGGAGCCCUCCCUCAACACCCCGCCGGAUGGAAGCGGGCUUGUUGUGCUUUCGUCAAUUUCAUCUCGUUCGGGUAACCAAGCGGCUUCAAGCUCAAGGGCAACUACUCGAAUGUCCGCCCAGAAGCGCCGCAAGGAGGAGACUCUCGAGACAAGCCGCACAAAGUCAACAAAGCGGAGCGGCACUCCCAAGCUCCGCCAUGACGACUCUCAGGUCAUGUUUACCCUUGUUCCAUCAUCAUCUCCGCCCCCAGCAGACGGUUCCCAGCACCUCACGGAAAGGCAAAAGGAAGUACGGGAAAGGCAGCGUGAAGCCGAGCGGAUCUAUUCAGAUAUGCGAACAAGCUCGUCACCUCCUCCCAAGGAAAACUCGCCUGAACCCGCUGAAGCCUCAAGCCCCGCUGAAGUCCAGGCGGGGGAGACAACACCUCGUCGUACGUCCUUUGAUAACCUGAUCAGCUCAACACCGACUCCUAGACGAGGCCAACUCAUGCAGGUGGAUGACAACGAUCCACCCUCCUCGCCGCCAGUACCUCGGCCAUACCCACUCCUUUCGGAGAUCAAGUCUCGCUCGAGGAUCGACAACUCACUGGAUAGCUGGGAAUUCUCAUCACCCCCAGGCUCGCCAGGGAACAAUGCUCAAGAGGCAGCCUCAGAGGUCCAGCUGCCAGGAGAGAAAUCAACGGGCAAGGCCAGCGAUAGAGCUCAAACAAAAUCAGUCGGUAUCAACUAUGAGAGAAUCAUUCCCUCCAGUUUCAUUGAAGAGGAUGAUGACUCCUCGGACUUGACGGACCUAUCGGACAGGAACGCCUCGCCCUCGCCGGAACCACCACGGCUUCCCGAGACACCGACCAAGAGACGGCUGUUACGCGAAGCUGCCCGCAUGGAGGACAGCCCGAAAUCAGGUGAUGACGAAUUCGUCGAUGCCAGGAGCAGCCCUGAGAAGCCACUCGUUCCGCGGGCUACAGACACAUCCUUUGCUCUCAGCGAGGGAGAUGAGAGUCGAAUGGUGAAACUUGCGGAGCAAAUCGAGUCGGGCGGCGCUGGUCUGCAGGACACCAUUGAGGUGGCUGCAGAUAGCUCCGACGAACAAUCCAGCUCCGAAGAGCCUCGGGCACCAUCCCCUCCCAGGACUCGCAGGGCAGCUAAGCGCGCCAAUUCUGUGGUCAUUCCUUCUACUCCCGCGGGACCUGUUAAUGACAGUGAGGGGGCGGGGAGCAAGAAAAAGAGGAAGCGGUCAAGGUCCCGGCAGAGUGAUUGCCGUUCGAAGAAGCAACGCUCAGAAACCCCCAAGCCUGCAAAGGACGUUGACAUGCCGGUGGCAAGCCAGGAGGUAACCGAAGCUGCAGGUAUGGAGACAAGAGGAAGUGCUCGAAGGCACCGCCAGCAGCGCCAGCUGGAAGACAGUAAGAAGAAGACGGAAAUUUCAAAGAAGCGGUCAAGCAAGCGGAACAAGAAGCGGCGCGGCGUAGACACGGACGACGAAGCGGCGUCGCAGCUGGCCAAGGAGACCGUUGCGGCUGCUGCUGACAGCCAGGAAGCGAGUGGGACUACGGAAGACGAGGUACUGCCAUCUACGAAUGAUGAGCCACAGCAGCCAUCCCUGGAACAUGUCGUGGCAGAUGUGGAUGUGGCGAUGGAUGAUGCAGCAGCAGGGGCAGACGAAGCGGAAAGCGAGCCGCAAGCUGCAGAGCCGGAGGAGGCGAAGAAGAAGAACGACGUGGCCCUAACGAUCAUGGAGACGCUACAGAACAGCUUGGAGCAGCUGCGUCAAGUGGCGCUACCUCGGAACGAAGUGUACAAGAUGGAAGACGUGUUGAUGGAUCUGAAGCGCGAGCUGUUUGAAGCAGAGAGGCGAGGGAGGCAGAGCUCCUAG